AUGUCGCUCGUCACCCCUGUAACGGAGCUUCUCGGGAUCCGAGUUCCCGUUGUUCAAGGUGGAAUGCAAUGGGUCGGAGUGCCGAAGCUCGUCGCAGCUGUUUCAGAAGCUGGUGGUCUCGGUGUCCUGACUGCCCUCACCCAACCUUCCCCUGAGGCUCUCCGAGUUGCCAUCCGCGAAACCAAGAAGCUCACCUCGAAGCCUUUCGGCGUCAACAUUACCCUGCUUCCCAGUAUCACCCCUCCGGACUACCCUGGAUAUGCUCGUGCCGCUGUUGAGGAGGGCGUUAGGAUCUUUGAGACUGCUGGAAACAAUCCCGGUCCUUUGAUCAAGUACUUCAAGGAGAACAACUGCAUCGUCAUUCACAAAUGCACAGCUAUCCGACAUGCCAAGAGUGCUGAGCGCCACGGCGUUGACAUCCUGAGCAUCGACGGCUUCGAAUGUGCCGGUCACCCUGGAGAGGAUGAUAUCGGUGGUCUGGUCCUGCUCGCCCGAGCAGCACGGGAAUUGAAGGUCCCCUUCCUCGCUUCAGGAGGUAUUGCAGAUGCACGAGGCUUCGCCGCUGCUUUGACUCUCGGUGCUGCUGGUGUCAACUUGGGAACCCGAUUCAUGUGCACAGUUGAGAGCCCUAUCCACCAAAACAUCAAGGAGAAGAUCGUCGCAUCCACUGAACGCGACACCGUCCACAUCUUCCGCACUCUCCACAACACCGCUCGCGUCUUCAAGAACAAGAUCUCCAUGGAGGUCGUCAAGAUUGAGAAGCAAGGCAACGCUAAAUUCGAGGAUAUCAAAGACCUCGUUUCGGGAGAGCGAGGACGCAAGGUCUACGAGUUGGGUGAUCCCGAUUAUGGUAUUUGGACUGCCGGUAUUGUUAUGGGAUUGAUCGACGAUAUCCCUACGUGCAAGGAUCUGGUGGAGAGGCUGGAGAGGGAGACGGUCGAGAUUUUGCAGAGCACUGCCAAGUUGGCUGGAUUGGAAGUUAGACAGAAGGCUAAGUUGUAAGUUAUAUGAGAUGAAGCGAUAUUGUAUAUUCCAGGAGAUACCUGUCUUAUUGCUUUCGGAACUAGUCCAAGGGCCCUAUACAUUAACCU